ACACCCCCAUCUCUAUGCUGGAAGGAAUCUGGCCUGAUCUUCGUUGGGGCUGAUUCUGAUGAAGAAGAGGCCGAAGAUGGGGGAUUUCUACGACCCAGAACAUCCCACCCUCGACACAGCUUUCAUGUCGAAGGAUCCCAGUGGACUUCAUAAACCUAAUACGUCCAGCAUCCCUGAAAUGCAGUCACCUCUGAGGUGGAAAGGGGCAGACAACUGGUGUAUCUUUCCCCAGAAUAUGGAUGGGUCUGAAGAGGUAGAAAGAGAAGAAGAAAAUGAGGGCAAGACUGAAAAUGCGCAGAAACCCGGUUUUGUCAAAGGGACAGUGUUCAAGGGAGUUGCAUCUAGCCGUUUUUUGCCCAAAGGCACCCGAACAAAAGUUAACCUUGAGGAACAAGGCAGACAAAAGGUGUCCUUCAGCUUCAGUCUAACCAAGAAAACUUUGCAGAACAGAUUUCUGACAGUCCUUGGGAACGACAAACAAAAUGAGACUUCAAGCUCCCCAGCCGCACCUCUUCAAACUGACUUUGCCUCUAAAAUUAAAAUGGAUCUUGGGGAUUCUCCCGGUGUUGUUGAAGAAUUUUCACCACCAAAGCCUAAGGUGGAAUUAGGCAAGAUUCAUUUUAAGAAACAUCUGCUGAAUGUUACAACAAAGCCUCCCCCAGCUUCUCCAGUGCUGCCACCACCAGCUGCCCCCGCGGAAUUUGUGGAAUUGCCAGCAUCACCCCCUCCCCCUCCCCCUCCUCCUCCUCCCCCUCCCCAAAUACUACCAGCGCCAACACCAGUACUAAGCCCAUCAACUUUGCCACAAGUUCCAGUUGCAGUACCAAUAGCAGCCACACCUCUGUUGCCAUUACCUGUAGAAACCGUUGUCCAAAUUAUAAAAGAGCCCUCAGUUAAAGCCUCACAGGAAACGUUAGAACUGAAUGCUAAACAAAAUUCUGUGAUGGAUGGCUCUGAAGAACAUCUAGCUCAACUUGUUUCUGAGGAAGCAGAACUAGUCCCAACAAAAGGACAUUCCCAUAUUGGGAAGGAAGAGGAAGUUUCAGAUGGCUCGAAGGGAGCUUCUCUAAGUUCUAAGAAACAGGGCUCCAAGAGGAAGUUCUCUCUGUCUGAUGGCACAUUACCGGGUUCUGAAUCGGAUGAAGAUUCCGUGAGAACCUCUUCAAGUCAGAGAUCCCAUGAAAUUAAAAUUUCAACAAGCUUGGAGAAGGAAAAAGAUACACGAAAGAGCUCUACUUCUCUCAAAAUUGAAGAGCAGACAAAAUCCUCAUCUCGGUCUAGAUCUGACAGGGAUGAAAAAUAUUCUAGUUACUCCAGAUCUGAAAGAGACUCAAGGUAUUCUUCCUCUCGUUCCAGAUCUGACAGAGAGAGGAGGCGAAGCAGAUCCCGUUCUCAUUCUAGAUCAGAGAGAGGUUCUAGAACCAGUUCUUCCUAUUCCAGAUCUGAGCGGUCACAUUACUAUGACUCUGACAGAAGGUAUCACAGGAGCCCACCAUAUAGAGAGAAGACACGAUAUUCUCGUUCUUACGUGGAUAGUAGGACAAGAGAGAGUUCUGAUUCAGAAGAAGAGUAUAGGAGGACAUAUUCCAGGUCUACAGACUCGAGGCGUACAUCCACUCAUUCCUCCUCUUACAGAGACUCUAGGACCUCUUCUGCUUAUUCAAAGUCUGAACGGGAUAGCAAGGCAGAAUCCUCUCAUAUUGAGUCAGAGAGAAAAGGAAAGCCUUCAAAAUCAGACAGAGAAGCAAAAAGGACUUCAGAAAGUGAUGUAUCAAAAAGGUGCUCUCCAGCUAGUGAGCGGCAUCGGAGGGGGGGAUCCCAUUCUAAAGCAGAUAGCAGUGCGCAUUCUUCCCGACACAAGUCCACCUCCUCGAAGACAUCUGCUUCAAAGUCAGAUAAAUUUAAAAGUUCUUUCUGUUGUACAGAAUCUGAGGCAAUCAGAGAGCCGUCUAAUUGUAUAGACUCUGAGGCAUCUUGUGUACAAAGCUGUGAAACAAAAGCUGCUCUUGCACAGAAGCCAGAAGCAGAAAGGACUGUUUCUCCAUUAAGUCAGUUAAAUGAUUCACCUACUUUCAAAAAGCUAGAUGAAUCAAAAGAGAGUUCUCCUAUUUCUAAGUCGAAUGAAUUUGCAGGAAGUGAUAGCCAUGACAGUAUUAAGGAAGUGGAAUCUUUAGGCAAAGUAAAACAUGAUCAGUUAAGAACAUGUUCUCCAAUAGAAUUGAGUAUGAAUGGGUCUCCAGAAGGUAGGUCCAGUGAUACAGCGUUGUUGUAUAUCUCCAAAGUGGAAGAGAUCACAAUGUCUUCUGAUGAUAGUUUAGGUAGAUCUGAGCCACCACCUCAAAUCAAAAGUCCUAAUUUGAACAAGUUGCCAUCUAAUGGGUUUCAAAGUAUAUAUCUAUCUAAAGGACAUGACCUGGGUGAUGCGGCUGUCCUUUCAAGUGAAUCCAUCCAUUUGCUUAAAGAAAAAACAGACGUUUCAACUUCUUCUGAAUAUGAAUGUGAAUCUUCCUGUAUUGUGAAUGUAAAUCAUUCUAAAACUUUAACAAAAAAAGUGGAUGAUCUAACAGAUCCCUGUAAUAAAACCAAAGAUCUAGUCCCUUGCUAUGUUUCGGAUGAUGCCGCUCUUUCCUUGUAUUAUUCAGAAGUUGAAAUUGAAGCUGAGCCUUCAGAUACAAAAGCUACUCAAUCUCCUGUGGAUAUUCAUGCAGAGCCACAAAUUGAAGCAUUCAAGUAUACUGAAGUAGAGGAGAAAAAUUCAUCAGAAUCUGCUCAUGAAGGUGAAAAACAUGUUCAAAGUUUCAGCUCGUUAGAGCAUAGCCCAGUCAGAGAUUCUUCUACAGAAGAAUAUUUUGUGGAAAUUAAGUUAGACAAUCAGUGUAUUGCACAGCAACAACAAACUUCUGAAAAUGUGUUAUCCCAGACGGACACAAUCUUGCAGAAGAAUAGGGAAGAACUCUUAGAGUGUCCUGAAGUAGCACUUGAACUAGAUAUUCUGCAUGUUGAUUCCGUUGUAGAAAAACCAAAAUCACCUUUUAAAAAUGAGCAUUCUUAUUAUUUAGAGAUGCCAGUGGAAGACCCAGAGAAUGAACCAGAUGAUGAAGAUUCAGCUGCCCUUGGUGAAAGAACCAUGUUGGACUUGAAAGACCACUCAUCCGAAGUCUCAGUGAUAAAUGACAAAGGGGAUGACUCCUUGGUGGGAUCUGCAUUUUCAGAUUCUUUGUCCCCAUCUUGUGAUAUCGUUGUGACUGUAGAAGAAACAGAAACUAUAGCUGAAGCAACCAGGUGUGACAGUAGUGGCAGUACUCCCGAGAGUACUCAAAAUAUUCACAACGAAGAUUAUUCUGACGUGGCUGAAAGCGCAAGUGAACAGGGUAGUGAUGAAAGUGACACAGAGGACUCCGAUUCAGAUGACAGCAGUGUUCCGAGGAAUCGCCUUCAGUCAGUUGUAGUCAUUCCAAAGAAUUCUACCAUAACCAUGGAAGAGAGCAGUUCUUGUUCCUCACGGAACAGCCAAAGUAACAGACGCUGCUUGGAUCACUGGGAAGAUGGCAGGCCAGAGUCCAGCAAGCCAUUCUAUGAAGAAAUGCCAGAUGACCUGGAACCUAAUAAUGGCUCGCAACAUGAAAGCAAAUAUUUGCCUUGUAGAGAUCCAGACGGGAACCUAGCAAUAUUGACUGAACUGAACAGAGCAGAGACUGAAGACGUUCAGCCUGAUGCCUCCCAGCCUCAGAGUGAUGGCGUUGACAGUACCAGUCAGUCAGAGCAGGCAUCAGGUUCUAUUAGCAUCCCAAAUCCAGAUGAAAGGGCAGUAUUAAAUGAAAGAACAUCUGUAACUCGGUCAAUUGGCCUAACUCAAGAAGAGGGUCUGCACUACUUUUCCAGGAACUUUGAAACGAAUGACAGUUUGUCCAGGCUUCAGUACACUGUUUCCAAGCCGGACAGUAGGCAAGGGAAGCCUGGUUUGGGGGCUUUCUCUGAGACUGGAGACUACUCCAGAGAGGAUGGCUUUCAUUCAGGAGAGGACAUGGGUAGCUUAUUGUGGGAUUUCUCCCAACCAGAGAAACCAAGCAGUACAUACCAACAACCUGAUAGUAGCUAUGGCAUUUUCCCAGGUUAUGUUUACCCACCAGGUGUAGGGCCAUAUAUUGCGUCUCAUACCUACUGGCAUGACAAUGGCUAUUGGGACCCAAGAUUGGCUAACAGACCCUCUGAGAUGAGUUAUGAGCAACUACAAGGACAGGUCCCUGAUUCACUUACAGAAGAUCAUGAGGAGUAUGAAGUAGUUGACCGCUGGGUUGAUGAAAGCCAUCCCUACUUCCCCAACCAGUCAAUUAAGUUCCAGGCUCGUGACCCUAGAGAGAAGGGUUCAGUGCAGGGGCAUGAGAUCAGCAGUAACUCUGCUAAAGAGCUAAUGGCCACAAGCGAGAGGAAAGGCUACGUUAAUAAGGCUUUGGAUAAAAACGACAUGAAGGAGCGGGGGCCGCUGAAGAAAAGGCGGACAGAUUUGGGGAGUGACUCGGAGAGUGACGGGGACUCCCAGGAAAGGAAGAAGGUCAAAACGGAGGGCGAGCGUUUGCCGGUCAUGCCUCAGGACCUCUCAGUGGCUCGUCCGCUGUGUUUUAUGGAAGACUUCAGGGACCCGCAGCGUUGGAAAGAGUUUGCCAAGCAAGGGAAAAUGCCCUGUUACUUUGACCUUAUUGAAGAAAAUGUCUACUUGACAGAAAGGAAAAAGAAUAAGUCCCACCGUGACAUCAAACGGAUGCUGUGUGAAUGUCCCACACUUUCCAAAGACGAGAGAGCUCAAGGCGACAUGGCCUGUGGAGAAGAUUGUCUGAACCGUCUCCUCAUGAUAGAAUGUUCUUCAAGGUGCCCAAAUGGGGAGCACUGCUCCAACAGGCGGUUUCAGAGGAAGCAGCAUGCUGAUGUUGAAGUCAUCCUGACGGAGAAGAAAGGCUGGGGGCUGAGAGCGGCAAAAGAUCUCCCAUCUAACACCUUUGUACUGGAAUACUGUGGUGAAGUGCUGGAUCAUAAAGAGUUCAAAACCCGAGUAAAAGAGUAUGCCCGAAGCAAGAACAUCCAUUAUUACUUCAUGGCAUUGAAAAAUGAUGAGAUAAUAGAUGCUACCCAGAAAGGAAACUGCUCUCGUUUCAUGAACCACAGCUGUGAGCCAAACUGUGAGACACAGAAGUGGACAGUGAACGGACAGCUGAGGGUUGGCUUUUUUACCACAAAGCUAGUCCCAUCGGGCUCAGAGCUAACAUUCGACUACCAGUUCCAGAGAUAUGGCAAAGAAGCGCAGAAGUGUUUCUGUGGCUCUGCCAACUGUCGGGGUUACCUUGGGGGAGAGAACAGAGUCAGCAUAAGAGCUGCAGGAGGCAAAAUGAAAAAGGAGCGGUCCCGUAAAAAAGAUUCGGUGGAUGGAGAGUUAGAGGCACUCUUGGAGAACGGAGAAGGGCUUUCAGAUAAGAACCAAGUUCUCAGUUUGUCGCGGCUCAUGGUACGAAUUGAGACUCUGGAGCAAAAGCUCACCUGCCUCAAACUCAUACAGAAUACUCUCUCUCAAGCCUGCCUGAAGUCCUUCCUGGAAUGUCAUGGCUUGUCCCUCCUCUGGAUUUGGAUGGCGGAGCUCGGCGAUGGCAGGGGAAAUACAGCCAACAACUUGAAUCUCCAGCUAGAGAUUAUAAAGACUUUGGAGCUCUUGCCGAUUCCCAACAAAAACAUGUUGGAGGAGAGCAAAGUGCUUCCGAUCAUCCAACGCUGGGCCCAGACCAAGUCCGCCAUUCCGCAGCUAAGCGAAGGGGAUGGUUACUCCAGCGAGAACACAUCGCGAGCUCAUACUCCACUCAAUACGCCUGAUCCUUCUACUAAGCCCAGCACCGAGGGUGACACGGACACCCCUAAGAAGCUUGCUUUUCGAAGGCUCAAAAUCAUAAGUGAAAACAGCAUGGACAGCGCCAUCUCGGAUACUACCAGUGAGAUUGAGUUGAAGGAGGGCAAAGAGGACCUUGAGCAGCCGGAGAGCACCCCCACAGAGGCCGCAGAGGAACAGUCGCUGCAGCAAGAGCCGACCAGGAACGCCGCCGUUGAGACCUCGGCAGACACCGGCAAAUCUCAGGCUGCCGCCGAGCAGGAGAUGGAGCCCGAGGCAGAGAUGAAAGAGAGCAGCACCACAAAGCUGGAGGAGUCUGUUGCUGCGGAAACGCCCUCUCAAGAUGAAGAGGAAGGCGUGUCGGAUGUGGAGAGUGAGAGGAGUCAAGGACAGACGGAUAAGAUAGUGGAUGUGAGCGAUUUGGCUGGCAAGCUUCUGGACGGCUGGAAAGACCUAAAAGAGGUGUACAGGAUCCCAAAGAAGAGUCAAGCGGAAAAAGAGACCAAUGCAGAUCGUGGGCGAGAGACAGCAGGCCGAGACCCAGCUGCCACCCCAAAAAACCUGAGCAGAGAACGAGACCCUGAAAGGCAAAGUCAAAGUAAGGAAAAGAAAAAACGUAGAGAUUCUUUAUCACCCCCAUCUGCAUAUGAGCGAGGCACCAAGCGACCAGAUGACAGAUAUGACACACCUGCCGCAUCCUCCAAGAAGAAAGUUCGGAUCAAGGACCGGAACAAACUGUCCACGGAAGAGCGCAGGAAGCUCUUUGAGCAGGAGGUGGCCCAGCGCGAGGCCCAGAAGCAGCAGCAGCAGCUGCAGAGCCUUGGGAUGGCCUCCCCUCUCCCCUAUGACUCUAUGGGCUACAACCCCUCCCACCACACCUUUAUGGGCUACCCCCCUGGCUACCCCAUGCAGUCGUACGUGGAUCCCAGCAAUCCCAAUGCUGGGAAGGUGCUACUCCCCACUCCGAGCAUGGACCCCAUGUGCUCCCCUGCCGCCUACGAGCACCCUCAGACUCUGGUGGGACACACAAUCGAACAGACCCUGGCGGCUCCCCAGCAAGUGCCCGUAGUCCAGCAUGUAGCAACGACCCUGGAGGUGUCGACCCCGCAGUACGUAGCACAGAGCGACCCCGUGGUCCACCAGGAAGCGAGCGUCACGGUCUUGCCGGUGCCGGCCCCAGGCCCAGUGCAAGGACAGAGCUAUGGCGUCUGGGAUUCCAGCCAGCAGACGGUAGCGGUGCAGCCGCCGUACUCUCCAGCCCAGUCACAGCCGGCCAUAUACUACCAAGGGCAGGCAUGUCAGGCGGUGUAUGGAGUGACGUCGCCGUAUUCUCAGACCACACCGCCAAUUGUACAGGGCUACGCACAGCCAAGCCUUCAGUAUAUCCAGGGGCAGCAGAUUUACACUGCUCAUCCCCAGAGUGUUGUGGUGCAGCCCACAACAGCAGUGACCACUAUUGUCGCGACAGGACAGCCCCCACCUAUACAGCAGCCAGAGCUGGUAGUGACCAACAACCUCUUGGAUUUGCCUCCACCAUCUCCUCCAAAACCCAAAACCAUUGUCCUCCCUCCCAACUGGAAAACUGCUCGAGAUCCUGAGGGGAAGAUCUACUACUAUCACGUGGCCACAAGGCAAACCCAGUGGGAUCCUCCAAACUGGGACAGCCCAGAAGAUGAUGUCAGCCUUGAACAUGAAGCUGAAAUGGACCUUGGGACCCCAACCUAUGAUGAAAACCCCAUGAAGUCUUCCAAGAAACCCAAAACAGCAGAAGCAGACACCUCUAGUGAACUGGCAAAGAAGAGCAAGGAAGUGUUCCGGAAGGAGAUGUCUCAGUUCAUCGUACAAUGCCUGAACCCCUAUCGCAAGCCGGACUGCAAAGUUGGGCGGAUAACCAUGACUGAAGACUUCAAGCACCUUGCACGCAAGCUAACCCACGGAGUGAUGAACAAGGAGCUGAAAUACUGCAAAAACCCUGAAGACCUGGAGUGCAACGAGAACGUGAAACACAAGACGAAGGAAUACAUCAAGAAAUACAUGCAGAAAUUUGGGGCCGUUUACAAACCCAAAGAGGACACCGACUUGGAGUAGUCACGGCAGGAACGAGUUCGUGCCCCUUCCUCGGGAGCUGGCCUGCCAUGGAGGCUUUUUCUGUGCAGGAUUUCUGGCUUUAAGGAGGCACCAUCUGCAAAAUCCCUCUUUCCGGUUUGGGUUUUAGGAGGCCAGGCAGAAACAGAAACUCACUCAUCAGUACCACUCCUUGUUCUCUCUUUCCAAGCAAACCCAAAACUUCCAAUCUGGCGGUGCUGUUCUAGUGCAACAACUUGCGAGUGCGUCUCGUCUCCCCCCCCCCCCCCGGCUCAAAAUCUGUAUGAUAUUUUAACGUAUAUGUGAAUAUAUUGAGGUUUUUUUUUUCUUUUUUCUUUCCCCCCCUUUUAGCUCCACACGUGUUGAUAUCAUGGGAACACUUUGUAAGAAUAGUUUUGAGGGUUUUUUCUUUUCUCUUUUUCUGUUCUCUGCAAGGUUUAAUCUGUUAUCAUGUAAAUAUUUGCGAACAGGCUGCCUCAGGGUUUCUGGCAGACCAUGUGCUAUGUUGAUAAGAUUGAUUUUACUGCUUAAAUCAUUUUACUUUAUCCAAUUUUUACUGAAGUUUUUAUGUAAAAGAAAAAAAAUUAAAAAUUAAACAAAAUGGCAGUGAAAGAACAAAAGCGGCUUUGGAAUGUUCACCUGGAAUUUGGAACAAGUCGGCUAUUUUUCAAAGGUAGAAGCUGAUGAUCCUUAUGACAGCAGAGAAAGAAGAGAUUUCUAACUUAUCUACCUCUUGCAAAUGACAAGUCCUCAUCUGCAUUAAAGAACCCGGA